AUGAACUACCAAAAUAGGGCGCAACCUGACGUUUUAGAACAAAUUUAUGUACAUGAUGUUUACAAUCGACUUGACUCAACAACAUUAACACAAGAUGCAACAGCUUGGCCGAAUGUUCGAAAAUUUCUAAGUCGAGCUGCAUCACAAAAUAAAAAUGCAUUAGUAGCUGAUGUUGGUUGUGGAACUGGAAAAUAUAUUAAACUCAAAUCAGAUUUAUUUACGAUUGGCUGCGAUCGUAGCAAUAAAUUAUGUGAAAUAGCUCGAGAAAAAUAUUCUCAUAUACCAAUUGUGAUCGCUGACAAUCUUUAUUUACCAUAUAGAGAUAAUUUAUUUGAUGCUGUACUUUCGAUUGGUGUCAUACACCAUUUAACUACUCACCAACGACGUUUAAAAGCUAUUCAAGAAUGUCUUCGAAUUUUAAAGUUCAAUGGCGGUCAACUGUUAAUUUAUACUUGGGCAAUGGAACAAAAGCAACGUCAAUUUUCUAGUCAAGAUGUUCUAGUCCCAUGUAUUAAUCAUCAAUCACGAUCAGUAGAUAUCACUCGCGAUAAAAGCUCGUGGUCAUCAUCAUGUCAUAUACAAGAAAAUAUCUUAAGUCGUAUUGAACAAGUCGAUUCACAAACAACAACAACAACAAAAACACUAUCGAUGUUGGAAUCAAUACAAAAUAUAUUUCAACGAAUUAUAAAACCAACGUCAUCAACUCCGUCCACGCUGAAGUUAUCUCAUCAAGAUCAAUUGAAAUUUCGUUUACGUCCAUUUCCAAUGAGUUCAUGCGAUGAUGAGCAAAUUAAUUUAAAUCCAUGUAAUAAUCGUUUUUACCAUGUAUUUAAACAGGGUGAACUUGAAAUGCUUAUUGAAGAAGCAUCAAAAGCCAUAUCCGGUGCAAAAAUAAUCAAAUCAUAUUAUGAUCAUGGAAAUUGGUGUGCAAUUGUUCAAAGAGAUGUUGAUGUUGGUUUACUGUGA